AUGUGCAUGUCAAUGCUAUUAAUUCUCAUCCAAGAAAAAUUGUCUGGUGCAGUGACAUCAUACAAAUCUGUUGAUAGUGCGUUGAAUGAAGAUGAUGAAGUCAACUAUCCAGUUCAAUUUUUGAAUUCGUUGAAAUCGCCCGGUAUGCCGCCGCAUUGCUUGAAUUUGAAGGACGGCUCAUCAAUUUUUUUACUACGGAAUUUGAAUGCACCAAAACUCCACAAUAUUGAUUGGCAAAGUGAAGGGGGAAGUUGUACUCAUUCCACGUAUUUCUCUGAUCCAAUAGACAUGCAAUUUGAAUUCAAACGAUUGCAAUUCCCCGUGCGCCUAUCAUUCGCCAUGUCCAUCAAUAAGGCACAAAGACGAAGGCUCCAAGUAUGCGGUUUGAAUUUGGUGGAGCCAUGUUUUUCUCACGGACAAUUAUACGUGGCCUGUUCAAGAGUUGGCAUUCCAAAUUGUUUAUUUGUGUAUGCCCCAAAUGGACAAUCAAAGAAUAUUGUUUACCCAAAUGUGUUGGAUAAUACAGGUUAG